AUGAGCGCAGGAGGAGCACUCGAGAACUAUUAUGUCGCGUUGACAAAGGCAGUGUCAGACACAAAGUCCAACAAUCAACUGUUAAAGUUUGAUAUACUAUGUAGUGUGGAUGCACUGCUUGAACGUAUGAACAAGAUGGAGGCUGACACCAUAGCCGGCAAAUGGAUAUCAAUCCUUUGCAACUGUCUCCUACAGACCACUGGUUCAUCAUUGGCCGUCAUCAUUGGUGGCGCACUCAGUCGACUCUUCGACCUGCCCUCUGGCUCCAAGACCUCCGUCACCAACGUCAAAAGCAUCCUCACUGCCGUCACUGCCAAGCAGACAUCAUUACAAAUCAAGUCCUCAUUGAUCGAGGCAUUGGGCAUCAUAUAUAAGAGUAGCAGGACAUUGGCACUUGUGUACUUGGCAGAGAGCUUUCAGUUGAUAUCAAGAAUGGUCAAGGCGGGAGAGUGUCGUGCUCAGGCUAUUCGUGCGAUGGGCAUGAUGAUCGAGAGCAUUGGCACGGCCGGCACACAUAUACAUCAGGAAGCAUUCAGAUUGAUCAAGGGCAACUAUAACACAACGUCGAUCACAGGUUAUACAGAGUUCAAGCUCGAGUGUCUGGCAGCAUGUCUACCAAUCAUACGUUAUUACAACAACUCUGAUGUCAAACUACAGGGCUACGAUCAGAAGAUGUUGCUGUUCACGACCAAGGCGUUGGACGAUGAGAACAUCAACGUCAAUAAGAAGGCCGCUGAGAUGUUGGGCAAGCUGCUUGCCGCACUCUUUUACAAAGAGAGUGUUGUCCCCAACAUCAUGCCCGGUGCCAAGCCACCAGUGGCCGUCGCAGCGACCCUCCUUGCUUCCAAGUGGAUGCUUGAGACCUGUCAGAACUACCUCGGCAAUCAAUUCAUCUCAGCGACCAAGAAGGACCUCAAGAUCAAUGUGUCAUUAGCUUAUACGACAUUCUUCCAGAACAUUAAGAUUGCUAAUAUCGAGAAGGAGAUUGACGCGACAUUGUCUCAUCUGCUAAAGUUGCUGGGCGCAGCCAAUCGCAAUCUGUCUCAAUCAGCUGAUCAGACACAGGCACGUGCAUGCAUAUCCUACAUCCUACGCAAUGGACUUGGACAACGUCUCAGCGAGAGUGGACAACAAUCAAUGGUUCGCUUCUUUGCCAACAUCCUCUCACAGCCCGACACAUUCAAUGAGUUGACCAUGGUAGUCUGUCUCCAAGAGUUAUGCCAACUCAUUAACGAACUUGGUGAGGGAGGUAUCACGCAGCCAGAUGAUCUGUCGACGUAUUUGUUCACAUUGUUGAAUGAUAGGAAUCAAUCGAUUAGACAGUGCGCUGCGGUAUGCCUGCGCGCAUUGGCUUCAAACAUACCAAAGUACACGUCAAAGUACCUCAGUCAAUGUUUGCUCAAUCUGACAUCGAUCUUGGAGGAGUUUGAUCGACCCAAUAUCCAGCCAGAGCCACUCAAGAAGAUCAUGAACUCGGUCAAGGGCAAUGCACUGGGCAUCACAUCGCUGAUUGCCACGCUGCGCCAGUCUGACCUGGGCGUGCCCACCGCGCUGCUGCAGCAGAUCGCGCGCACGGCCCAGUCCCUGCUGGCCAACCCAGACCUCUUGAAUCCGGCCAUCACUCUGACGCGUCUCGAGGCCGGCUGGCUGAUAAUGAACUCACUGAUCAGAUACAUGGGCGAGAGCUUUGUGGAGCCACUCCUUCCAUCGCUGUUUGCCAGCUGGAAGACGUGCUUCAGCAUCACUACGGUGCACCCAACGUUGGAGCGCGACAUUGUCAUCUUUAGCAAGACGCGUGCUGAUGCGUUGCUGCCCCUGCACUCGCUGGUGGCAUACAACGCCAAGCUGAUCAACUCCAAGGUGGUCAACUCGAUCGUCACGUUCCUGGGCAACACACUCAAGACUGUGAGCGAGCUACCCGCCAGCUCAUUCCAAGCGUCGACCAAUGAGAUCAUGAAACUGCUCGAACUCAACUUGAUCCGCACAUUCCAGGCCAUCCCCGCGGCAGCCUACGCGCAACAUCACACCACUCUCAUGACCGUCGUGGCCACACUGAUUCUGGACGGCAGCCACAACACACUGCUCCCAUCGCUGCUCUCCAAGGACGACCAGGACAUCCUGGCGCCCGACUUCACCUCGACACAGUACCAGUUUGACAGCGCAUUCCUCAUGCCUCUGUCCACACAAGAUAACUCAUUCAUAGCCUACUCAAACAUCCAGGACUGCUUCUCCCCGUACAAGACACAGAACCUCGAGAUACGCGUCGUCAAUGCGUCGAUCGAGCUGUUCUCGACGCUGUUCAUCUCGCAGCCCGACCGCCACAGGACCCAGCUGCUGGACCAUCUGGCCAACUGCGUCCGCGAGUCCAGCAACCCCGUGCAAAAGUCCAUCAUGACGGUCAAUGCCAUGACUGCGCUACUCUACAUCCUUCGUACCAUGUCCACGUCCAACCUCACGUUUGGCAAGAGCGAGGUGGCUGGCAACAUCCAGCGCUUCGUGCAAAAGUACUUUGGCGACACCAACCCGCUGCUCAGACGUGCGUCCGCCGAGUCUCUUGGCAUCCUGUGUCGACUCGAGGGCGACGGCGUCACUAACGCCAUCAUCAACUCGCUAACAGAAAUCAUUCGCAAGCUGCCCAAGGAGGUACCGAGCACGGUGCGCGCCGGCUCGGCCUUUGUGCUCGGUUGCAUACAGCGCUCGGUCGGAGGCAUGAUGUCGCAGAAGUAUCUUCCAUCGACCAUUGCCAACCUCCACAGACUGGCCCAAGACUCGCUGUCGUCAGAGGUAUCCAUGCACGCGCUGCACGCACUGUACAUCACCAUUCAGACGUCUGGCACAUCGUUCACACCCUAUGCCUCGCCCACACUGAUGCUACUCCAGACACUGCUGCUCAAUGAGAGCCCUCCCUACCAGCUGCUUGGUCGCGUGGUCAACUCGAUAGUCAUUGCGCUGGGGCCUGAACUCGGCCUCGAGAAUAACAAGGACGUGUUGCAAAAGUGCACGUCAACAUGCUCGAUCAUACAGAACAAUGAGAACAUGUCAAUACGAGUCGAGUCCAUCUAUUAUCAACAGAAGCUCAUCAUGUUUGCGCCGGCCACUGUCAACGAGUCGAUCAUCCCCUUCAUCAUCUCACAAUUCAAGAGUCCAUACCUAAUGCUGCGCAUCUCCUCUGUCACAUGUCUACGCCAACUACUCAAUCGCAAGUCCAACGUUGACAUUGGAAUGAACAUUGUCGAGGACUUGUUCAUGAUGAUUGACACUGAAUGCGACAAUGAUCUGCAGAAGGAGAUCAAGUUGCUGAUCAACACAAUCAUUGACACGAUCGCAGCCGCCAAUCCAUCGACAUGGCUAUAUCUUUGUAUGAAUAUCAUCUUGUCAUCGAAGCAGAUGACCAAGGACUCGAUACAGUUGGAGUCUCCCUCGCCAACUACUGCUCGCCAGCAGGCACAGGCUGCAAGCCCUACCAGCGGCUCAAACGAUUUCGACGAGGAGAAGGACGAUGAUGAGGACGUCAAGGUCGUCGUCAAAGACCUCGAGACCAAGGUCGACUACGUCUAUCGCUGGUUCACCAAAGUGUUUGCCAUCGAGUGCGUCCGUCGUGUGAUCUCUGUCGUCCGCAACAAGCCCGAGCACUUCAACAUGCUGCUGGCGCAGGCCAGCCAGAACAGCUCGCGCAACGACCAUCUCAUCCUGCACCUUCACGAGCUGGUGGGUAUUGCAUUCAAGGCGGCCACCUCGCAGAUCGACUCAAUGCGCCCUGUUGGCGUGCUCCUGCUCAAGGACAUCAUCGAAGGCUUCUCAUCAUCAAUCGAUCCAGACUAUGAAGGACAUCUCCUGCUUGAGCUCUACCAAGCACAGAUCAUGUCUGCUCUGCGUCCAGCCUUCUCACCUGACGCUGCGCCCGACCUCCUCUCAGUCGGUUGUGCCGUCUUUGUCAACUUCAUCGAAGGAUCACUCCAUUAUGACAGUGCAGCACUCAAGAAGACCACGGCCCAGUUGUCGGCCUCUGUCAAGGACCUUAGGAACCUCAACUUCCCCAUUUACAAUGAGAAGGCGACUACACUUGUACAACUCUCCAUCCUUAAGACCUUUGCUCAGCUCUAUCUACUCUGUCGCAAGAAGGAAUCAUUGAACACAAUCCUCUCAACAGUCAUCACACCAAUACUCCCAUAUCUUAGAGUACAUUGGGUGGUUUUCCUUCGAGAGUAUGCACUGUUGGUGUCUCAACCACCAGCUAUAUACCCUCUGUGCAAGCCAAUGUUCUUCUCGCCACUUACAUACACUGAAUCGAUCGAUUACUUCAAGGAAGCAUAUCCAUUUGUGUUGCGAGCUUUGGCAUCUUUGAUUGGCACACCACACUGGCUUGAGGGCAGAGAUGGCGACGAUGCCAUACUAAGCGAGACUCAAUCGAUCGCCGACCUCAACAUCAUACUGGGCCUCUCACUGCUGCCCCAAGACAAGUUCCUCAGCGAGCCCACCGACAAGAAUCUCAACCCGGGACAAAUGGCGCUGACUCUCGAGACCAUCGCGCUGGUCUUCCAGCCAAGCUCAAUCACAGUCGACGAGUUCCCACUGGAGCGCGUGAAGGAGCUCAGCCAGGUGCUGGCAAGAGUGAGCGCAUAUGGAAGCAACAAGCAUCAGCUGCUCGUGGUGGACAUUGUCAACAACCUGUUUGUGUGCUUUGGCGACAGCAUCACCAUGGAGGACGAGCUGUUCACACUGCUGCUCAAGGUGUUGUUCGAGCCGCUAAAGCUGGAGAACGAGGAGUACUAUGUACGCUUCUACCAAUGUUGUACUUUUAUCAUCAAGACGAUGAGCGCCGAGCAGUGCGUACGCUACGCGCCGCUCUUCAUUUGGGCCGCUAUCCAGGGCCUGUCCACCACUCAAUCAUCAAACACCACACUCAUGUCGUCGGCCAUUCAACUCGUCGCCACCAUUCUCAAGAACAAGUUGCCAACUAUAGACGGUGGGGUAUCCCCUCCCGCAACCACCGCGACCGCCAAUCACAGCGAUCUACUCAAUGCAUCAAUCAUCACAACGAUCGAGUCUAUGAACAAGCAGGAGCAGACAAACAAACAAGGACUACUCUUGAUGUUGUCGACAUUGAUCGUCAAUCAUCAUGAGAUUGGUGAUGGUGUGGCACAUGUGAUUGUGGAGUUCUUCAAGACUACGAUUCAGAACAAGACCAACAACAAUAAGGAUAGGCUAUGUACUCUGCAAGUGCUCAGAAACAUCCUACAUUCUGGUGCUGGUCAGGCCAUUGACAGCCCAAUGCACAGCUUCGCCUCCAAGCUAGUUGGUGAACUCUUUGUCGACCUUCACUCCUGUCUCCCGGCCCCAUCACCUGUCGCACUCAAGUCCGAGGACAUGGACAUUGUCAACGAGUUGUUCAAACUCUUCACUCUGUCACUCUCACUCACAAUUGAUAAUGAUGCCAAGUCCAAAGUUCUAUUAUUAGUUGUCCAAACAAUGAUAUUAUAUUUGAAUCCAAACAAUACUUCAUUGGCUACACAUGCAUCUGCACUACAAUCAUUGUUGAGCUUUGCAUCGACUCAGCCCCAGUUCAAGGAGGUAGUGGCAGUAUUGCCAGUUGAUCAGAAACAAGCUUUGGAACAAUCAAUUCGAAAGAGUGUUGAGCAGCCUGCUGCCAUGUCCAUCAAGCUGCCACAGAAGCCACAGAUCCAACUGACCUUUGACUUCUCCAAGGUUGCCAAUAAAGAAUAA